GCCACAUAUCAGUGCCAGUCAGUGCCACAUAUCAGUGCGCAUCAGUGCCAGUCUGUGCCACCUAUCAGUGCGCAUCAGUGCCGCCUAUCAUUGCCGCCUAUCAGUGCCGCCUAUCAGUGCCACCAGUGCAGCCCAGCAGUGCUGCCAGUCAGUGCCACCAAAGUGAUGCCAGUCAGUGCCGUCUAUCAGUACCCAUCAUCAGUGUCACCUAUCAGUGCCGCCUAUCAGUGCUGCAUAUCAGUGCCGCCUAUCCGUGACCCCUAAUUAGUACUGCCUAUCAGUGCCA